UUUCAGCAAGAAAGACAGAAGAAGGCAAACAUGACCAGCCUCAAACGUACCCUUGAGGCCGACUCAUUCGCCUCAAACCUAUCUAGCAAGGUAUACGUUCGUUCAACGAGGAGCGGGAAAGUGCAAAAAAUCGUACGCGAAGUCUACCUACGUCAAGACAUUCCGUGCUCUUCCAAGCUCUGCCGGCAAUGCCCUCAAAAUGCUCCUCGAGAUGCCGCCGGCAAUGCGGUACCAUUCGUUCUUUCGGAUAAGCCGGCGGGGACCAAGGCCUUCCCUCAGGGACAUUAUAUCCUCCCUGAUACCAAUGCACUUCUGAAUGCCAUGGACCUUUUUGAGCAGAGCUCGGCUUUUUACGACGUGAUCAUUCUUCAGACUGUUUUGGAAGAGCUCCGAAACCGGUCAUUGCCACUCUACAACCGGUUGGUUGGCCUUACGAAAAGUGAGGAUAAGCGCUUCUACGUCUUCUUUAACGAGUUCCGCCUCGAAACUUAUAUCCAUCGCGAACCAAACGAGACGGUCAACGACCGCAAUGACCGCGCCGUUCGAAGGGCUGUCAAGUGGUACGGCCAGCACCUAGCGCAGUCCAGCAAGUCCAAAAAUCUGCCGGCAAUCGUCAUGCUGAGCGAUGAUCGUGACUGUAUCGCCAAAGCUAAGGCCGAUGGCCUUCAUGCCAUGACGCUAUCUGAGUAUGUUGGAGGACUGGAGGACUCUGAACGGCUGCUUGACAUGGUCCCAGAAGCGCGGGAGGGAGGAGAAUUCGACAAGCGCACUAGUUUCCUUUACCCGGAGUACUACACUCUCUCCAGGAUGAUGACUGGUGUCAAGGCUGGCCUUCUGCAUCAGGGCAUCUUCAAUGUCUCCCCUUACAACUACCUGGAAGGGUCCAUUAAGGUGCCCGCCUUCGUUAAGCCGCUCGUCCUCUUGGGUCGCGAAAACAUGAAUCGCGCCAUCAACGGCGAUGUCGUUGUGGUGGAGGUUCUUCCGAAAGACCAAUGGAAGGAGCCCUCCACGAAGAUCAUUGAAGAGGAGGCCAUCACGCAAAAUGAGAACGCCGACAAUGAGGAGGGCUCAGACCUCGUUUCGGAGAAAGAGCGCAAGGCUCUGCAGGAGGAAGUUAAGAAAACCCACAGCAAGAGCACGGAGGGUCGUCCUCAGCCAACCGCCAAGGUCGUCGGCGUGAUCAAGCGCAACUGGCGCCAGUACGUCGGUCACAUCGACCCUUCAUCUACCAGUCAGAGCAGCACUCAGGGUCGACGCCAGGAAAACGUGUUCCUGAUUCCCAUGGACAAGUGUAUACCCAAGAUCCGGAUCCGGACAAGGCAGUCCGGAGAGCUCCUCGGCAAGCGCGUCUUGGUCACUAUCGACGCUUGGGAGCGAGAUUCCCGCCAUCCUGUGGGUCAUUUCGUGCGCUCUCUGGGCGAACUCGAAACCAAGGCUGCCGAGACGGAAGCCCUACUUCUUGAAUAUGAUGUUCAGUACCGGCCAUUCCCCCGAACAGUUCUCGAUUGUCUCCCCAAGGAAGGCCAUGACUGGAAAGUUCCGGCCAGCAUGGAUGAUCCCGGCUGGAGAGGCCGGGAGGAUCUUCGCAGUCUUCUCAUCUGCAGCAUAGACCCCGUCGGGUGUCAAGAUAUCGAUGAUGCUCUACAUGCCAGGCCGCUACCAAAUGGAAACUUCGAAGUGGGCGUUCAUAUUGCCGACGUGUCCAACUUUGUCAAGCCCGCCACGGCUAUGGACACAGAGGCGAGCAUUCGGGGAACCACGGUCUAUCUGGUUGACAAGCGAAUUGACAUGUUGCCGAUGCUCUUGGGCACUGACCUAUGUUCUCUGAAGCCGUACGUGGAGCGGUACGCCUUCUCAGUCAUUUGGGAGCUGACCCCAGAGGCGGACGUAGUGAACGCCCGCUUCACUAAGUCGGUCAUCAAGUCGAGAGAGGCAUUCAGCUACGAACAAGCGCAGUUGAGGAUUGAUGACGCUUCCCAGCAAGACGACCUAACCCAAGGCAUGCGGACCCUUAUGAUGCUGUCGAAAAAGCUGAAGCAGAAGCGUCUGGACGCUGGCGCCCUCAGUCUGUCCUCGCCCGAGGUCAGGGUGCAAAUGGAAUCGGAGACGUCGGAUCCCAUCGACGUGAAGACGAAGCAGAUGCUCGAUACGAAUUCACUAGUCGAGGAGUUUAUGCUUUUCGCCAAUGUCAGCGUAGCCAGGAAAAUCUACGAAGCCUUUCCUCAGACCGCUAUUCUCCGCCGCCACGCAGCGCCACCCAAGACGAACUUCGACGAGCUCACGAACCAGCUGAAGGUCAAGAAGGGCCUGGAGCUCCACGUCGACUCGAGCAAGGCCCUCGCGGACUCGCUCGACGCCUGCGUUGAUCCUUCCGACACAUUCUUCAACACCCUCGUCCGCAUCAUGGCGACACGCUGCAUGAUGUCGGCCGAGUACUUCUGCUCCGGCACCCAGUCGUAUCCGGAGUUCCGCCACUACGGCCUCGCCUCGGAGAUCUACACCCAUUUCACCUCGCCCAUCCGCCGCUACGCCGACCUGCAGGCCCACCGCCAACUGGCCGCCGCCAUCGGCUACGAGCCCAUGCACCCCGCCGUCCGCAGCCGGGGCCGCCUCGAGGCCAUCUGCAAGAACAUCAACGUCCGGCACCGCAACGCGCAGCUGGCCGGGCGUGCCAGCAUUGCGUACUACGUCGGGCAGGCGCUCAGGGGCAAAGAAGCCGAAGAAGAGGCUUUCGUCAUGAAGAUCUUCAGCAACGGGUUCGUGGUCCUCGUGCCGCGGUUCGGCAUCGAGGGGUUGAUUCGUCUGCGGGACUUGGCGACCCCCGAGCCUGAGAGCACGUUCGACCCGGAGAACUAUGUCCUUACGACGUCGGGAAGCCGGGCUGUGACAAUAGAACUUUUCCAGAAGGUUCGAGUGCGGGUCCAGGAUGACAUGGAUGAGAAGACGGGCAAGAGGGGCGUGAAGAUGGAGCUGGUUAAGCCGUGAUUAGGAAGCGCAGAGAAAUCGAUUGAAGAGCUGUGCUUGGGGAGGAGAACCAAAGAGGAAGAAGCGGGAGGGUUUGGCUAAUUAUGUGAACAUCUGUGGCUACAGCGAACAUUCAAUGUGUUGAAAAUGAAGACGAGUAUACCGUCGUUCAAACCAAAAGUUCCCAUAUGUAUUGGCCCCUUUUUGUACCUUAUAACGCCUUACCACGCAGUCUGAGAGAUCAAAAGAAAGGAAAGGUAUCUAUCAACCCGGAAAGUAAAGUAGAGCCCACAGUCUUUCAACCCCAAACCCUCUCAUAGCAUGU